GUUCGCAAUGCUGACGGUGGCGGAAAUCAAAAAGUUGGAAGCUGAAUGCCUCCAGAAGAUUCAAGGCGAUGAGCUGUAUCAGUUGCGCAACGAUGCCAAGCUGAGGGCUGUGUACGCGGCGAAAAACUACGACGAGUUCAAGGAUAUUGUCGAUGCAGCCCACUUGACUUCGGUGACAUCACAGGACAAACGGAACGCCAAAACCAAACAGCGGCUGUGGAAUUCGAUCUCUCGAGCUACUUAACAGGGUGGAUUCCGGUGCUAUUUUCCAUGUGGGGAAAUAUUGAGAUUUGAACCUUUAUAUUGGAAGAA